GGUCAGGUUCAUGAAUGAAUUCGAAUAGCUGGGCGAUAGCAAAUAAAGAAAGGGAACUCGUUGCUCGUGUGCAGCUGUUGUGCGCACCGGAUCACGCCCGGGAAGCCGGACACACACGUUGCACGCCGGCGCGCUGCGUCCCCAAGUCUCCGAGCCCUGUGUGUAAGCUAUAAGGGGAGAGGGCCCUCGUCUCGCCGAGGAAAGAAACAAGAGGGAGCUAGCGGCCUAGCGCGUGCACAGGAGCGAGGAGGAUUAUUACUAGAGCUGACCACCGGUGGUGGAUCGAGGCGCCGAGGAGCUAGUGAACUGAUGGCAGCCGGGUCGCCGCCGCUGGCGCCGUCGCCGGCGAGGGCGGAGUGCGUGCUGAGGGGAGCGUGCGCGGCGAUGGCGGCGGCGGGGGCGCUGCUGCUGGGGCUCAGCGCGCAGACCAAGACCGUGCUCUUCGUCCAGCGGAGGGCCGUCCCCAAGGACGUCCAGGCCCUCUGGGUGCUGAUCGUGUCGGCGUCGGCCGCGGCAGGGUACCACGUCGUCCAGCUCGCCCGGUGCCUCUACAUGGCCCGCCUCGCCGUCGCCACCGGCGGCGGUGGCUGCCGGCGACUCAGCCGAGGGGUGGCGUGCGCCUCCUUCCUCCUCGACAAGGGAUGCGCGUACAUGGUGUUCGCGACGACGGUGGCGGCGCUGCAGGCGUGCUUCGUGGGGCUCAUCGGCGUCGAGGCGCUGCAGUGGAGCAAGCUCUGCAACAUCUACACGCGCUUCUGCGAGCAGGCCGCCGCGGGGAUGCUCUGCAGCAUGCUCGCCGGCGGCGGCAUGGCCGUCCUCUCGGCCUUCUCCGCGCGCGAACUCUUCCGCCGCCCCGCCUGCUGCUCCUCCUCGGCCGCCGCCGGGCAGUGCGCGCGUCUCGCUCUAGGGUGAAACGGCCGAUCACAGGGGAACGCAGUUGGCAUGGGAAGGAAAAGCAGCUAGCGAGAGUGUCACGCGUUGGCUCUUUUUGUUGCCCAAGAUUUGCUUGUAAGGCUAAGAUUAGAAUUGCUUGACCAGGAUCUGACGUCUCGAUCGACUUGAUCAAGUUUACAUACGAGAAAUGAAGAUGAUAUAGUCUUAUGAAACAUUGCAUCUAUGUUUUAUGAUCAGAGAGGAAACAAAAGAUUCAUCUGAAUGAAGACCUCGGGAGUUUGUUUGAACGGGAAA